UCCUCAGUCCCUAGAGGGUAGAGAAUUAGUCAUGUUCUCAAGACUGAGGCAUCGCGUAUUUGGGAGACAGAAUGGAAAAGGUCCAGAGACCAGAGAGAAGCAGAAGGAAGCUGCUGUUCACUUCUGGAAAAGGCCUAAAACCUCUACAGAGACAGCAUCCCAUCCAAUGCUCCUAAGCAAGAAGCAGAUGAAGAAGGAGGAGGAGAGGAUGACCACAGAGCUGCAACAGAUGACCAGGGAAAGAAAUGACCUGAAAGACCGGCUGAUGAUCCUCACUGAAGGAGCCGUGGAUAAUAGUCCCUACAAGAAGCAUAAGCCAAAUGCUUUGUACGAGACGGCAAAGUUGGAUCACAAACAGAUCAUGAUGGAGUUAAAAAAUUUCGAGAAUGAGAACACCGAGACCUUAGAGAAUUUCAAGGAGCUGAACAAGGAGACAGUCUUCUAUCGGGAUCUGCACAGCCGCCUACUGAUGGAAAGGACUCAGCUAAAGAAGAAGGUGGAUGAGCUGAGGCAAGAAGAAAGGAAACUGCAGAAUGAUUGGACCGUGCUGAAGUACCACCUGGAGGAUUUGAAAUUGAUCCAUAAUGACCAAGAAGAAGAAAUCGGUUACCUCAAAAUACAGCAACAACAGGAGCUCAAGAGAUUGGAAGAAAGCUCUCAGUUCCUGCAGAAGCAGAGGGAAAUGGUCAUGCAGGAAAAGCACUUGGUCAAAAAGCUGCAGCAUCACUUUCAGGUCUCUCAGAUGAGGUCCAAAACUCCACAGACUCAUCUGGAACAGGCCACAGCCCAGGACGAGUGCCACCUGCAGAAGGAUCUCCAGCAAGAACCACGUGCUAAGCCCCAUCCCCAGCAAUACUGAAUUCGAGGACUGCAUAUUCUUCUUCAAUUUUGGUUACCCACGUGGAAUACACUCUGAUUUUUCCAAGCCAGUAACCCAGCAUGGCUGCUACUGGGCCUUGAUUCUUUUUUUUUAUUUUUUGAUCAUAUCACUUGAGAGACCUGAGUAAGCCAGAGUACGCCACAAACACCUUGAACACAUGUUCUUCACAUUAGGAUCAAAGCCUACAAACAAAAAGACACCCCUUGUAGCUGUGAACUCACCAGUGAGGGAAAUUCCAGCUGACCUCCUGGUGAUCACACCCAAUCUGAUCUGUGUGUCUGCUGACUCAGUUCUCGUGAAGCAAAGAACGCAUCAAAAAUAUACUUGAGAUACAGAAAUCCUGAGACAAAAAUUACUCAGAACCCUGCGUUUACCAGCAAGUGGACAUAGCCUUGGUGAGAACAUGACAUAUAAAUCUUAAGUUGGAAUGGACCCAGGUGUCUUGAAAAAUCUACUCCAAAUCGUGACUACCUCACUAGCAUGUCUCCAAGGCAAGCCACUGCCUGUAGUAGUUGUAAUAGGUGCUAUUCAAUAUUCAGUAAUUAGCAUUAUUUUUGUUUGGUUUUUGUGUUAGAUAUUGUUUGUGGUUCGUUUGAUUUUUGUUUUGCUAUUUUGGUGUUAUUUAUUCUGCUAUUAGUUCCAUAAUUUUCAAAGUUUAUUCACUGUUUAUGUUCAAUACUGUUUA